AUGCGGGUCGUGAAAGCUAAGGCCAACUCAAAAGUAAGGAUGAAAAAGGCAGUGGCUAAGGCAAAAGCAGAAGCUGAGGCGAAAGCCGACACGCAAGCGAUGGCCAAAAUAUGGCAGGAAUGGAAACUAAAACAGGACAGAGAAAGGGAGAGGUCAAAGGAAAAAGGAAAAGGAAAGGAAAAGGAGUUAUCGAAGGAAAAAGACAAGGGCAAGGGCAAGGAAAGCAAAGUGAAAGUGGAAGUACAGCGCGUGAAGUCGACUGAACCGAACGGGAUAUCGAAGAAAGUGUCAUGGAGGGUUGGCCCGUCAUGA